AUGGCUCGAUUGAUUGGAAACGAUGAACACAUAUCUGCUGCGGCUAAUAACGCGGACUCGUUCCGAGUAUUAAGGGGCCGUGUGAGUGUUUUAAAGAAAGCUCCGGAUGUACGAUUGAUGCCGUACUUGGAGCUAGCCGGAUUUGGGUCAGUAGCAUUGAUCCGGUCCUUUGACUUGCGCUUUGAUAUAUUAUCUGCGCUACUUGGGCUUCCAAUUGACGGGAGUUCCGUAACGGGAGUAUCUGCAUUUACGGAUCCGGCUGCAUUUUGUUAUCAGCUCCUAGGAGACUCGCCAAAGGACGGUGAGUCGUAUUUUUCCGGCAUAAAAUUUACAUGGCUGAAAGCCAAAAUUGGACAAUUAUCAGCGAAUGCCAGUGAAGGUGAGUUGAUGUGCGCUGCUCGAGGCUACAUCAUGCAUAUGAUAGGGGUAGUACUCAUGCUUGAUGCAAACGGCGACAGUGUGCAUUUGAUGUACUUGCCCCUGCUAGCUGAUUUGUCCACUGCUAGGUCGUAUAGCUGGGGUUCCACCGUUCUAGCAAUGCUGUACCGGGAGCUUUGUCGGGAGACAAAGCCGAAAGUCCACGACAUCGGCGGAUGCCUCAUACUGCUGCAGUCAUAG